AGAAGUGAAGAGUUUUAACAAGUUCCUUAGAUGAGCUUCUCCCCAUCUCCAUCAAGCUGAUUAUACCAGAGGAGGAAUUAUUCAUGACAUAAAUGGCGGAGGAGUUAUUAAAAGAAAAUGCUGCAAAGAUCACUGGGAAUCUCACAUGGUCAUUGUUGGCUGUGGCUUUCUUGGCCUCGUUCGGCAGCUCGAUGCUCUAUGGCUUCAAUUUGGCUGUUGUCAACUCACCUGCAGAGUACAUCAAAGCCUUCUACAACGAGACGUUAACUGAGAACCAUCACUGGCAUCUGGAUGAGCAUUUCUUGACGGUCUUAUAUGCCCUAACUGUUUCCAUCUUUGCCAUCGGUGGGAUGACUGGUGCGUUGCUGGUGGGAAGACUUGUCACUAAAUAUGGAAGAAAAGGGACACUGGUCAGAUCCACCAUUCUGGUGUUUAUUGGAGGGACUUUGAUGGGCUUCAGCAGAUGGUUCAGGGAUCCCUGGAUGGUCAUUGCAGGACGUUUCAUCACAGGAGUCCAUUCAGGGAUUUCUCUCAGCGUAGUGCCCAUGUACCUUGGAGAGAUCGCACCAAAGAACCUUCGAGGGUUUCUAGGCCUCGUUCCCAGUAUCCACAUCUGCAUUGGAGUUUUCAUUGCUCAGGUCCUUGGGCUCUCUGAACUGCUGGGAAAGGAGGAACAUUGGCCCUUGCUCCUCUCCCUUGUCUUGUUUCCUACUUUGGUCCAACUGAUGCUGUUGCCCUGGUUUCCCGAGAGUCCAAGAUACCUGCUGAUAGACAAAGGAAAUGUCUACGCAACUGUAAAAGCCCUGAAGUGUUUCCGUAAAAAGGGAAAUAUCCAAGCUGAGGUUGAGGAGAUGCAGGAGGAGCAAAGGUCACUCUCCUCUGUGAAGACCCUCUCUGUCCGCCGUCUACUCAUGGACCGCUCUGUCCGCUGGCAGGUCCUUACCACCAUGGUGGUCAACAUUGGCAUGCAGCUGUCUGGUAUUGAUGCGAUCUGGUUCUACACAAAUGACAUAUUCAGGGAUGCAGGAAUCCCAGAACGCGACAUUCAGUACACAACAGUGGGGACUGGUGUCAUAGAGGUCAUUGCUGGAUUGCUUGGGAUUUUAACUAUUGAGCGAUUGGGCCGAAGACCUCUUAUUUACGGUGGAUUCUUCGUCAUGGGCCUCUGUUGUGUAGGAAUCACAGUUUCAGUCCUGCUCCAGGCGCAGUUGCCCUUCAUGAAGUAUAUCAGCGUUGGCUGUGUUGUGGGGAUCAUCGCUGGCUUCUGCAUAGGUCCAGCCGGUGUGCCUUACCUGAUCACAGCAGAGCUCUUCAAGCAGUCUCACCGACCUGCUGCCUAUACCAUAGCAGGCUGCCUCAGUUGGUUUUCCAACUUCCUCAUUGGCUUCGUUUUUCCUUUCCUAGAGGAAGCUACAGGUCCAUACUGUUACCUGAUCUUCUGCGCGAUCUGCUGGGGAGUUGCUUUGUACACCAUAUUUAUCAUUCCGGAAACCAAGAACAAAACAUUCCUUGAGAUCAGCCAAAUGUUUAAUACCAAAAACAGCAUCAGGAAGGAAGAGCCGACACCAAACAGUCAUUUGAAACUGGCACUGAUGAACGGCUAUGGAUCGCUCGGGCUCCAUGAUGAAAACUGAAACAUGGAAAGAAGACCACAACCUCUGUGAUGAUCCUGUAAAAGGAGUACGAUGACCCGCUGCACUCUUUAGAUUCUCUCCUCCAAAAGAAAGUCUGAGAGACAUUAAUAUACACACAAGAAAAUAAAAUAUGGGCCUAUUUGAAAUGGUUUUGUUUAUUCUCGUUGUUACAUGUGAUUAUUACUAAGUUGAUGUCCAUGACAGAGAGGUUACACAGUCAUGCAUUUCAGCUUUAAUGUUAGUCACAUUUGCAUCAGUUGUUUGCAGUCUUAAGGCUCUUUUGUUUGAACAAUGGCAACUUUGUAGUAUUCAUAGUUUAUAGCAACUGUGUUAAUCGGAUUCUUUUAAACACCACAUGAUUACUCUGGUUUAAUAGUUUUGUUUGACCUUUAUUAGUCAAAUUCAAUUAUUCUUUUACCAGUAAACAGGGCACCAUGUUAAAUAUGCAGUAAAUAUACAGUUCCAUAAGUCAUUAUGUAUUGGACUAAACAAAAUGUAACAAGAAUAUGUUAAUUGUGAACAUUUUUAUGUGAUAGGAAAGUAAAACUACAGUUACUUAAAAAAUAAAAAAAAAUUAUUUGGGUUUUAUCUGACACCCUAUAAGGUGACAUUUGCAACCU